AUGGCCUCGGCGCCUGCCCAGGUGCACGAGAUUGACACCCUUCGCGAUGCGCAGCUGGAGGCGCUGGAAUACCGGUUCCAGCUGGAGCAGGCCCAGCUCAAGCUUGGGGAGCUACGGCAGCAGGCGGAGGUGUCUGCGCAUCCGCACGCCGCUCCCGCCUCAGCCUGCUGUGCUUCGGCAGGCGAGCUUCAAGAGGCGCGCCUGCAAGCGGCAGACCACAAGCUGCGGGCUGAGCUGGCUGAGCUGGAGCUGCUGAAGCAGAUGGAUGCCCUGCAGGAGCUGCAGUGGCAGCUGGAUUGCGUGGUGACGCAGCUGGGCAUGCAGCCCGUGGCCGCGCAUGGCAGCAGCGCCGCCAGCGAGGGUGGCGGCAGCAAAGCCGAGCCGCCGCCGCUGCCAGGCAUUGACCACAUGCUGCUGCUCACCAAGGUGGAGGACUUGCGGCUGGCCCAGUUGCAGCUGGCAGAAUACAAGCGGCGUCUGGCCUACACAGAAAAGGAGCUCGCAUCGGCGCAGGGCCGCUGUGCUGCCGGCGCCGAGCAGCCGCCGCGCCGCCAGCCGCCGCUUGCGGCCACUAUGGGCGGGCAGCCAGGACAGCAGGCGCCGCCAGGACAGGCGGUGCCUGCGGAGCAGCCUCACAGUGGCGGCGACGGCAAGCUUGGUGCAGGCGGCAGGGAGCUGGUGGGGGAGUUGCUAAAGGAGAAUGAGCACCUUCGUGCACAGCUAGUGGCAGCCGAGGAGCACUACCUCGCCCUGGAGAGGGACUAUGAUGUUGAGCUGCUGCUCAAGGCAGAGGCGGAAGAGGCGGCCAGCAUCGCUCGGGAGGGCCAGCCGCCAAGCCCAGCAGCGGGGCUGGGGUCGGAGCCUGGCAUGCUUUGGCAGAAGCAGCAGCAGAAGCAGCAGCAGCACGUGGCAGGGGCCAGCAGGGUGCAGCAGUGGCAGGCGGCCCUCAAGCAAACGCAGGCGCAGCUGCGGCAGGCGGAGCAGCGCUCGGCGCCGGGCUGCAUGGUGCCGGUGUCUCAGUGGCGGGAGGUGGCUGUGCAGCUGGAGCAGGCGCAGGCGCGCUAUGAUGCGCUGGAGCGACAGCAUGCCGCCCUGCAGCACCGGGUGCCGGGCAGGACGGGUGCUGCUGGUGGCGCGGCUGCCGGCAAGGCCAAGUGCGGCGGCGGGGAGGAGUGUGUCACAGGCGAGGCGCAGCAGCCGGAGCAGGCUCCCCUCGCAGCGGCAGAGGUGCCCGGCAGCAGUUGCAGCGUGCCAGCGAGGUCCAGUGGCGGCAGGCAAUACUCCCCAGAGCACUAUGGCUGCACGCCUGCCAGUGCAGGUGCUGGUGCGCAGGGGACUGACCUGCCAGCUCGGCUUCUAGAGAAAGAUGUUCAGCUGUUUGAUGCGCACCUGCAGCGGGAUCAGGCGGUACAGGAAGCUGAGCGGUACCGCCGCCGCCUGCACGCCCUGCUGGACAGCCUGAGCCCGCACCCGCAGGACGCCGCGGCGGCCGCCGCUGUUGCCGAGGCACGCCAGCUGGCGGGCCUGCCCCCGCUCCCACCCUCUGCUGCCGCCGGGGCGACAGCUGGGGCUGGCGUGGCAGCAGGCGUCGGCAGGCCGCCCGGCAAGGCUUCGACGAGCAAAGCCGCCGCGGGUGGCGGCAAGGCGGUGCGGCAGCAGCCGGGCGCCAGGGAGCAGGAGCUGCUGGACACCAUUGCCCUGCUGAAGUCUGCCCUGGAGCGCACCAAGAAGGGCCUGGAGAGCGGCGUGAGCAGCGCCAAGUACAUGCAGGCGCGUGCGGUGGAGCGGGCCAAGCAGCUGCGGGCGCGGUGCCAGCAGCUGGAGGAGCAGGUGGCGGAUGCGGGCAGGGUGCGUGAUGAGCUGGCGAGGGUGCAGCAGCAGCUGGGCGCGCUGCACGGCACCCACUCGGCGCUCAAGGGCCAGCUCAGGGCGGCGCGGGAGCAGCGCGAGCAGGUGGCGGCGGCGCGGGAGCAGCUGCUGAGCGCGCAGGUUGCCGAGUUGGAGCGGGCGCUGCGGGAGCGGGAUGCCCAGAUGGAGGCCCUGAAUUCCAGCACAUCGCAGGCGUGUGUGGAUGAGGAGGUGCGCGUGCUGGUGGCAGAGGGCCUCCGCCCGGCAGACCUCAUCCAGGAGCUGCUGGUGCUUCGGCCGCGGCUUCGGGAGCUGGAGCGGCAGAAUGCCGAGGUGUGCACUGAGCUGGCGGCGUUUGAUGCCCGCCACUUUGCGCAGCAGCUGGAGGCCCUGGCAGCAGAGCACGAGCUUCUGCGGCAGCGGUGCGCGCGCUGGGAGGCGGAGGUCAGGGCCUUGUGCGAACGCCACGGCGAGCCGCUGCCGCUGGGCUUGGACUGA